UGUGGAAAACGUUUUGACUUCAACUCUGAACUCAUCCAAAAUCGGGUCACCCACACGGGAGAGAAGCCGUACCAGUGUGUUGAGUGCGGCAGUUGUUUCACACGCAAAGUAUUUCUCCUCAACCACCACGUACUAAACCCCGGGGAGAAACCUUUUUCCUGUUCGGAGUGUGGGAGAUUUUUUGGGCACAGGUCCAGUUUUAUGACACACCGGAGGAUCCACACUGGCUUUAAACCCACCCCUUUUUCCGAGUGUGGAAAGCGCUUCAAGCAGAAGUCCUACCUGGUGGACCAUUUUGGGUUCAUACUGGAGAGAAGCCGUACGGCUGUGCUGAGUGCGGGGAGCGUUUUACCCGGAGGCUCUUCCUACGGAAACACAGAGCAGGUCCACACAGGAUGA